GUCCUUCACACCUAAAGAAAAAGAGGGAAAAAAAUUAGGUUUGUUUUUAAACACCAAAAAUCAUGUCCGUUACGUCCAAAAAUUCCUCCCACCGGCGGAAGGACUCCGGCGAGAUCGUCGUUUUCGACGCGGCCCGUUACUUCGCCGGCAUUGAUGAGAACCCAUGCUACCACAGCUUCUCUUCCUCCGCCGCCUCCCGAAUGAGCCUAGACAUGCCGGCGAUCAACGCACACAAUCUCCCGUCGAUUUUGAUGAGAGAGAAGAAGAAAUGCAGGCAGCCGAGCUCCCCCGGCGGCCGGCUCGCCACGUUCCUGAAUUCUCUCUUCAAUCAGGCGAAUUCGAAGAAGAAGAAGAAAUCGAAGACGAGCGCCGCCGUCGACGACGAUCACGAUCGGAGAAGGAGCAGCAUCAGCCAUUUCAGAAUCACGGAGAGUUAUUGCGAUUCGAAAUCGGCGAAUUCCGGCGACGCCAAAACACCGACGAAAACGUCGUACGCGGAUUUGAAGGGCUUUUCCGAUCGGCAGAAGGCGGCUUCUCAGCUAAAAAUUGGGGAAAUUGGGAACGGGCGGCUGAGAUUCAACAACGGGAGCUUUAGAAACCCUACGGCGAAAUGGACGGCUGAUGAUGAAGAUGAUCAAAGGAAAUUUGAUGAUGGCGAAGAUUCGGAUUCGAGUUCGGAUCUAUUUGAUUUGCCCAAUUUGGAUUUUUGCUCGACCGGUUUGCCCGUUUAUGGGACUACGGAUAUGGAUCGGAUCCGAAUCGGAGCUCCACUUUCCAGCGCUGCGGCAGUGUAAAGCUAUUUACGCAACGCCUAUUUUUUUUUAUUGCAUUUGCUAUGUUGAUUUUUUUUUGUUUAUUUAUUUGAAUGUUGUAUAGUACUGGCUUUCUAGAUCGUGAUUGGAUAUUUGGAAUUGGAAAUGAUUUUUGUGAAAAAAAUAUCUCGCUAAGGAUUUCGCUUUUUUACAACUUUUAUCUUUUGUCAACCUUUUAUCGUGUGUUAACUUUCAAUCGUUUUC